AAUCGUGUUCAGUCAGUCUCGGUGUGUGCGCGUUGGCAGUCGUGGCUUGCAUCUGAUCUGCGUACGAUCCUCCAGUGAAGUGAUCUCGGGUGUAGUGUUUGUGGUGCGGUGAUCGGUGUGUGAGUGUGAGAAAGUGUUGUUUUUUUUUUGUUUUUUUUUUUGGAACAAAUCGUAGUUACCGGAAUAGGAGAAGACUUGCGAUCGCGAAGAAUAAUUCUGUGAACCAACCAGCAUGAGAUUACCGGUGGUGAUUUGGUUGGGCUUGAUAAUCUUUGUGUCUGCGCAGACCAAGGACGAGAAGGAAUUCAAAUGUCCGGAAAACUUGGGAAAUGGAAACUUUGCCGACCCCGUCACCUGUCGCCGGUUUUAUCAGUGCGUAGACGGCUUCCCAUACUUGAACCGAUGUCCUUCGGGGUUGUAUUUUGAUGAUUUGCAAAAGUUCUGCACAUUCAAGGCGGAAGCAAAGUGUGGACCUCUCGCUCAGCCAACAGUAACCACCGAAGCGCCAGUAGAUCUGGCGAAAAAAUGCGACCAAAGUGAGUGCCAAUUACCGUAUUGUUUCUGCAACAAAGACGGCACACUGAUUCCGAGGGGCCUGGAACCGGAUGAGAUUCCGCAGAUUAUACUGCUAACGUUCGAUGGUGCUGUGAAUCUUAACAAUUACGAACAUUACAAGAAGGUGUUCAAUGGAAAACGGAAAAAUCCAAACGGCUGUGAAAUCAAAGGAACCUUCUUUAUUUCGCACGAAUACAGCAACUAUCAGCAGAUUCAGACACUUGCCAACGAUGGCCACGAAAUUGCAGUGGAAACGAUUUCCCUCCAGAUGGGUUUGCAGGACAAAGGCUAUGAGGAGUGGGUUGGAGAGAUGAUCGGAAUGAGAACAAUUUUGAAGCACUUCUCAAACGUCACAGCCAAUGAGAUCAAUGGGAUGCGGGCACCCUUCCUAAAACCCGGUCGUAACACUCAAUACAAGGUCAUCGAGGACUUCGGUUUUAUCUACGAUAGCUCAAUAAGCGUACCUCCAAGUCCAAUUCCUGUUUGGCCGUACACAUUGGACUACAAAAUUCCUCACGAGUGUAAAAGUGGAACCUGUCCAACUAAGUCCUUCCCGGGUAUCUGGGAGGUUCCGUUGAAUGCUCACUUUGUCGAAAGCUACGAAGGAGGUCACUGUCCGUACAUGGAUCAAUGCGUUUUACACAACCACGACGCGGAAGAUGUGUUUGCCUGGCUGCAGGAAGAUUUCGAGCGAUAUUACUACCAAAAUAGAGCACCGUACAUGAUGCCAUUCCACACCAACUGGUUCCAGAUUCGAGAACUGGAACGUGGACUGCACAAGUUCCUCGACUGGACCCAGACUUUACCGGAUGUAUAUCACGUCACGGUAACACAGGCUUUAACGUGGAUCACCGAUCCGAAAACAUUGAAUCAACUGAACAACUACGAACCGUGGAACUGCAAGACCAAAACAACACAAACACCCAAACCCUGUAAUAUCUCGAACAAGUGCGCUCUGUCCUUCAAGGAACCGGCAUCAAACAUCAGUGACACUCGAUAUAUGGAAACUUGCUUCGAUUGUCCCGCGGUUUACCCUUGGCUGGGAGAUUCACACGGGACCGGCAUUCCAGGACGGGAUAACUACAUCGACCAGAGUUCUGCCGGUGCCGGAGAAACCAAAAAUCAGCCCGAGGAAGAGGAAAAUUAAUCCUACAGCGGGGCGGGGGGCACAGGACUGCAAUGUUUACGAUAUGCCACCCCCUCCUUCCUUCUGGUAUCUCCCAUCCUUUUAAGUCUUGUGAUGUGCUUCACUUCAGCACACUACUCCUAGCGUUAACGUUUUAAAGACAGUUAUGUUAAGAAUGGUUUUAAUUAUCAAUGUGCAUUACGUUGUUUUGCAUUGCCACUGGUUCUAGCGAAUAAAUUCAACAUUGUAAGUGAAA